AUGCAAGAAGAGAUAUUUGUUGGUAUUGAUUUAGGAACGACAUUUAGUUGUUGUCACUUCUUUAAUAUUCAAACAAAAAAAUAUGAAUGUAUCAAUUACUUAAAUGGAAGUUCAACAAUUCCAUCAACCGUUGAUUUUUUCACACAGCCCGUUAAUGUUGGAAUUCCUAAGCCUACUUCCAUCUGUGAAGUAAAAAGAUUUAUUGGAAAGAAAUUUGACGAUGAACAAGUUCAAGAAGACAUUAAAAGAACAUAUUACCCAUAUCAAAUAGUUAAAGCGGACGAUGGAAAUUGUUCAGCUAUUGUGUUAAAAGCAAUUAAAAUUGAAAUUCAACGUAGAUUAAAUAUUAGAGACAAUAUAGUUUUAAAAGCAGUUGUGACUGUUCCUGCAUACUUUGAUGAUUCUCAAAAAGAUCGAACCAAAAAAGCCGUAUUGAUGGCAGGAUUUAGUUUAAUUCGAUUGUUGGCUGAACCAUCAGCAGCUGCAUAUGCAUAUGGAUUAGAAAGUACGGGAAAUAAAACAUAUCUUGCAUUUGAUCUUGGAGGAGGAACACUUGAUGUUACUAUAUUAGAAAAGAAAGGAGAAGAGUUUAAAUUUAAAGCAACUGGUGGUGAUGUUCAUUUAGGAGGAUUAGAUUUUGAUAUGAAUUUAAUGGAACUCGUUAUAUCUAAAAUGAAAGAAAUUAAUGAGAAGAAAGCACAAAGAUUUAUUUUGAAAGGAAGUGACAGUCGAACACAAAAAAAAGCAAAGAAACAACGAAGAUAUAAAUUAAGAAAAGAAGUUGAAAAAGCAAAGAUUGAGUUAUCAUCAACUAGUUAUUAUGAACUAGAUAUUUCAGAAUUAGUUGGUGAUGAUGAUUUUAUUAUUAGUAUUGAUAGAACUGAAUUUGAAGAUUGUAACCAAAAAGAAUUUGACCGAUGCAUGAAGUGUGUUGAUGAUAUAUUGGCGAAGACAAAACUCUCACCAUCAAAAAUUGGAGAAGUUAUGCUUGUUGGAGGAAGUUCACAAAUUCCUAGAAUCAAAGAGUUAUUAGAAGCCAAGUUUACAACAUCAAAAAUCAAUGAUACUAUUGAUUGUAAUUUGGUUGUAUCACAAGGUGCAGCUCGAUAUGCAUUUGAAUUCUCUACGGGAAUGAUUAAAAGUAUUACAGAAGUAACUGCACAUCCCAUCAAGAUGGCAGGGGUUGAUGGUAAUCUCACUAUUGUUGAAGAUGGAACAGAGAUUCCACAUGACCAUCCACUAUAUGUUGAAGUCACUGGAUGGAGUGUACAAACAGAAUUAUUUGAAGAUGAUAAAUCAUUAGGGCACUAUGUCAUUAGCAAUAUUCCAAAAGGAGAACAAUUUGUAUUUUUUGUUGUAAAAGUUGAAGAGGAUGGUACAAUUACUGUUGGUGGAGAACUUUCAAAUGGAAGGAAAUGUGAAUGCAAAGCACAAAUAGAAAAGAAAUCAAAUAACGAAGAAGAGAUUACAAUUGAGAAAGAGAAGAUAGAUAAAUUCUUUGCUCAAAAUUGA